AUGGCAAGAGGCCCGUAUGUUUGAAUCUUCUUGGUAGUUGAAGUUCUACAUAGAAGAAGAAUGCAAAGAAAAGUGAAGUACCACCCAAAAAAACUAAGCGAUUCCUUUUUUUUUUAACUCUUUAUUGAGAUUUGAAAAAUUUUGGCGUCUGUUUAUUUUUGGGGAUGGGAAACACUGUUUGCAGUUGAAGAAAUAGUAAGCCCAUCAUAGAGGACAGAAAGCUGCAAUGCAAAGUCUUUCUGGAAUCAGUGGUGGCAGCCACCAGUUGACGCCGAGUCUGUUUUUGGACUCGGGGUUGAUUUAGGAAUAAGGGAGCCUUGCAUCAUUUUUCGAAAUCGUUCAUCAUCGUUGUCACAUUCACCAUCACCACACGCGCGAGUGAGCGAGCGCAUGAACGCACUUGGCGCAAAUUGUUCGUUGUGCUCGUGAUUCUGGUCCGUCAGCUGGUCUGUUUCGGACCUUUUGGUGUUUGAGUGGUUUUGUUUGCUAAUGAAUCUUGAUGUGCUUAUAUUCCAACUCUGGCCUAUAUUUGUAUUCUUCUGCUUGCUGGUAUUCUUCUAUGUUCAUGAACUACAGUCAAUUUAUUUUUGGCAUGUUGUACUAACAAAAGUCCUUUUUUUAUUUCAACAGAAAGAAACAUUUGAAAAGAUUAGCAGCACCAUCCCACUGGAUGUUGGACAAAUUGUCCGGUGCCUAUGCUCCAAGAUCAUCCGCUGGUCCACACAAGUUGAGAGAAUCAUUGCCCUUGAUUGUCUUUUUAAGAAACAGAUUGAAGUAUGCCUUGAACGGUAGAGAGGUCAAGGCCAUCAUGAUGCAGCAGCACGUUCAAGUUGACGGUAAAGUCAGAACCGAUGCUACUUUCCCCGCUGGAUUCAUGGAUGUCGUCUCUUUGGAAGCUACCAAUGAGCAAUUUAGAUUGAUCUACGAUGUCAAAGGUAGAUUCACCGUGCACAGAAUCUCGGCCGAGGAAGCUGCUUACAAGUUGGGCAAAGUGAAGAAAGUCCAAUUGGGCAAAAAGGGAAUCCCAUACAUUGUCACCCACGACGGUAGGACCAUCAGAUACCCAGACCCAUUGAUCAAGGUCAACGACUCAGUCAAGAUUGACUUGGCCACUGGAAAAGUCACCGACUUUCUCAAGUUUGACCACGGUAGAUUGGUUAUGGUUACCGGUGGUAGAAACAUGGGCAGAAUUGGUGUCAUCACCCACAGAGAAAAGCACGAAGGUGGCUUUGAUCUUGUCCACAUCAAGGACGCGUUGGAAAACACUUUCGUCACUAGAUUGGGUAACGUUUUUGUUAUUGGUGAGGAAGCUGGUAAGCCAUGGGUCUCUUUGCCAAAAGGUAAAGGUAUCAAAUUGUCAAUUACCGAAGAAAGAGACAGAAGAAGAGCCCAACAAGGAUUGUAA